GUGUGACAUUUUCAGAAUAUUCCUUGUCAGGUUUCUAUUUCUACAAAGCAAAGCAAAGAUGGGGAUCCUUCAAAACCUGCUAUUCACCAUCUGCAUCGCUCUGAGAUGUGUGACCAGUGCAGUAGGGGUGAUCCAUGUGACUGGAUAUGUGGGGAGAGAGGUUAACGUUUCCUGCUCCUAUGAUGAGGGUUACGAGUCUUAUGAGAAGUAUCUGUGUAAGAACGACUGUGGUGACAGUGAUGUUCUUGUUACAACAUCGGAAUCAAGGAAAAAUAAAUACAGGAUCCAUGAUGACAAAACAGCACGAAUCUUCACAACAACCAUCUCUGAUCUUCAUUCUGAGGAUGCUGGGAAAUACUGGUGUGGGGUGACCAGAAAUGGAAAAGAUAUCUACACUGAAGUCGAGCUGAAGUUAGCGCAAGACAGCUGCUGUGACACUGUGACCAAAAUUGAAAGUUAUGAGGGAUUCUCUGAGUCCAUCGUUUGUCCAUACGAGUCUCGGUACCAGAACAACCCGAAGUACAUCUGCAGAGGAAAUCGGCCCUCCACAUGUCGUCAACAGGCACUGAUCACCUCUGACAACAAACAAAAUGGACGAUUCAGACUUGACGAUGACAAACUGUUAGGAACAUUCACAGUAAACAUUAGCAGUUUGACCAAAAAUGAUUCAGGGUCAUACCUCUGUGGUGUCCAAAGAAACUCUGACCUGGAUGUUUUCUCUGCUGUUGAGCUGAAGGUCAAAGAGUGGUGCUGUGUCAAGUCAAUUAAAAUAAAAGGUACUGUAGGACAGCCUCUAUCUUUGCAAUGCCCUUAUCCUCCACAACAUCAGGACAAAGGGAAGUUCCUCUGCAAGGGAGAGCAGCUCAACAGCUGCAAAGACAUAACCAAUCAAAGCAGGUUCCAACUUGAAGGUAAUGGUUCUUUCAGCUCUUUCUCUGUGGUGAUCACAAAGCUGGAAGAAGCAGAUGCUGGGACAUACUGGUGUGGGUCAGACUCAGAGAGGAGGCCUGGAAACUACACCAAGAUUCAGCUUUCAGUUGUCUUUCUCCAGCACACCAGCACUCUACCUUCUGCAGUGGAAACGCUUGGAAAAAUGUCAACACAAAUUCCCAGUAAUCCUAUUAAAAAUGCAAGACACUAUGUGGUUUACACUGUUCCUCCCCUGCUGCUGCUACUGAUGUGUGUUUUUGCGGUUAUAGUUCAUAAGUGCAAACAUCAGAGAGUAAAAGAAGAUGAAGUUGUCAUGAACAAAAAUGCACAAAAUGAAGACGCUUUAGAGGAAGUGACAGAUGCAGCAAAAAAUAACGUAAGAAAACUAAAGUCCAAAACCUUAAGAGUGUCCUCUAUAUAUAACAAAUUUUGGCUGGAAAAUUCCCUCACACAGAAUGCAAAGAUGUGGAGCUUUCAAAACCUGCUGUUGACCAUCUGCAUUGUUCUGAGGUGUGUGACCAGUGCAGUAGGGGUGAUCCAUGUGACUGGAUAUGUGGGGAGUAUAGUUAAAGUUUCCUGUUCCUAUGAUGAAGGUUAUGAGUCUUAUGAGAAGUACUUGUGUAAGAACGACUGUGGUGACAGUGAUGUUCUUAUUACAACAUCGGAAUCAUGGAAAAAUAAAUACAGGAUCAAUGAUGACAAAACAGCACGAAUCUUCACAACAACCAUCUCUGAUCUUCAUUCUGAGGAUGCUGGGAAAUACUGGUGUGGAGUGACCAGAACUGGAAAAGAUAUCUACACUGAAGUCAAGCUGAAAUUAGUGCCAGACAGAUGCUGUGACACUGUGACCAAAGUCCAAAGUUAUGAGGGAUACUCUGAGUCCAUCAGUUGUCCGUAUGACUCUCAGUAUCAGAACAACUUCAAGUACAUCUGCAGAGGAAACCGGCCCUCCACAUGUCUGCAGCAGGCACUAAUCACCUCCAACAACAGAGAAAAUCGAAGAUUCAGACUUGAUGAUGAAAAAAUGUUAAGAAAGUUUACAGUGGCCAUUAGCAAUUUGACUCAAAGUGAUUCAGGGUCAUACCUCUGUGGUGUCCAAAGAAACUCUGACCUGGAUGUUUUCUCUGCUGUUGAGCUGAAGGUCAAAGAGUGGUGCUGCGUCAAGUCAACUAAAGUAACAGGUACUGCAGGGCAUCCAUUAACUCUGCAGUGCCCUUAUCCUUCACAAAAUCACAAUAACAGGAAGUUCCUCUGUAAAGGAGACCACCGCAACAGCUGCAGAGACAUGGCGAUGAUUGAAAGCAGACUCACACUAGGAGAUGAUAUUUAUUCCAGCUCUUUCUCAGUGACGUUCACAAAGAUACAAGCGGAUGAUGCUGGGACAUACUGGUGUGGGUCAGACUCACAAUGGAGAGUUGGAAACCAUGUUAAGAUUCAGCUGUCAGUUGUGUCUCCACAGCACACCAGCACUGUACCUUCCACAAUGGAAAUUCCAGGAAAAACUACAACACACAAUAAAACUACAACUCAAAAUAGACCUAAUAAAGAUGCACGACAGUAUGUGGUUUAUGCUGUGCCCGCUGUGCUGCUGCUACUGAUAUGUGCCCUCGUGGUUACAGUUUAUCAAUGCAAACAUCAGAAAGUAAAAGACGGUAAAGCUGUCAUGAACAGAAAUGCAGAGAACGAAGAAGGUUUAGAGGAAGUGACGGCUGGUGCAGAAAAUAACAUCUACGGAAAUGAAGAAGUUGUGAGGUACAAACAACAGAGUGCCUGUAACAACUAUGACGAUGCAGGUGAAGAUGAACCAGACUAUGAAAACUUCACAACAUCUAAAGAAGUUUACUGUAAUGAAAAUUUCCACAGAAGAUAAACAGAGUAUGCAUUUCAUGUCAAAAUGUGGGUUUCACCUAUAUAGAUUUUAACUUGUUUGAUUUCUCUUUAACUGUUGAACAACAAAUUUUAAUGUACAGCCUUCUCUUUGUCACACUGAA